GUCGUUGCUGUACUUUUAGCUAGCUUGAGUUUAGCUCAGAAACCAUCCCCCAUCUGGCGGCUCCAUUCAACAAAACAAUUACCCCUAACGGAGGCUGAGCACUAUGAACACAUUUUAACACAUUCAGCGAAGCUUGAGCAUCAUUUCCUUCAGUGCAUGAAGAGCAUCACUCUGCUGCAGACCUCCACAGCCUGAAGCCACCCUGCCAAAUCUGUGACCAUGUCUGGAGCCUACGAUGAGUACGCCAGCCAGGAGGAGACUACAGACAGUUUCUGGGAGGUUGGGAACUACAAACGCACAGUUAAGCGCAUUGAUGAUGGUCAUCGACUCUGUAACGAUCUGAUGAACUGCAUCCAGGAGCGUGCCAAAAUCGAGAAGGCUUAUGCCCAGCAGCUGACGGAGUGGUCCAAGAGAUGGAGGCAGCUGGUAGAUAAAGGUCCUCAGUAUGGCACAGUGGAACAAGCUUGGAUGGGUGUGAUGGCUGAGGCAGAAAAGGUGAGCGAGCUUCACCAGGAGGUGAAGAACAACCUUGUCAGCGAUGACUUCGAAAAGGUGAAGAACUGGCAAAAAGACUCAUACCACAAACAGAUGAUGGGGGGAUUCAAGGAGACCAAAGAGGCAGAGGAGGGCUUUAAGAAGGCCCAGAAACCCUGGGCUAAGAAGAUGAAAGAGGUGGAGGUUGCUAAGAAGUCAUAUCACAUGACCUGCAAAGAGGAGAAGCUGGCCGCCACCAGAGAGGCCAACAGUAAAGGAGAGGCCUCGACACCUGCAGAACAGAAGAAACUUCAGGAGAAAUUAGAAAAGUGCAAACAGGACUCGCAGAAGGCGAAAGAGAAGUACGAGAAGGCUCUGGAGGAGCUUGGUAAGUGCACCCCACAGUACAUGGAAAACAUGGAGUUGGUGUUCGACCAGUGUCAGCAGUUUGAGGAGAAGAGGCUGAGCUUCCUCAGGGAGAUGCUGCUGGAUAUCAAACGCCACCUGAACCUCACAGAGAACCAAAGUUAUGCCACAAUAUACAGAGAUCUUGAACGAACCAUUGCCUCAGCCUCCCCUCAAGAGGAUUUGAAGUGGUUCAGUAACGUCCACGGCCCAGGGAUGCACAUGAACUGGCCAAAGUUUGAGGAGUACAACCCAGACCUUAGCCAUAACAUCUCCAAGAAGGAGAAGUCAAAGAAAUUAAGUGAUGAAGUUAUGCUGACUAACGUUAAGGCACCGGGGGUCAACGCUCAGUCUGGAGACAGGGGGAGUGUGAGCAGUUAUGAGAAGAACCAGGCGUACACGGCCUCCUCAGAGUGGUCGGACGACGAACAGAAGGGCUCAAACUCAGGCAGUGACACAAACGGAGGGCCCAACCCUUUUUAUGAAGGCGAAGGUGAAGGUGUGAGAGUCAAAGCGUUGUAUGACUAUGAAGGCCAAGAGCAGGACGAACUCAGCUUCAGAGCAGGUGAUUUGCUGACGAAGCUGGAAGAUGAAGACGAUCAGGGCUGGUGUAAAGGUCGCCUAGACAAUGGCCAGCUGGGUCUUUACCCGGCCAAUUACGUGGAGCCGAUCUAGGAGUUCCAGCUGAGUUUUGCUAAAACACAGACUGAACCGUCCGCUCAUACAUGCACAUUGCCAGAGACUUCAAAGCAAAUCUUCCUCCUCCUGUCGGGCCACAGUGAGCUGUCUUCACCUUCA